CAUUAUCAACAUCAUCACUAUUAGAACUCCCUAGCAAUGGCUAAUAUCCCAAAAAUCUCUUUCUCGAGAAUUUUAUUCCUCCUUACACUCUGCAUCACUCUCUUCCCGAACUCAGCUCUCUCAGCCUUAAACCUUAACCCCUUACAAGACUUCUGCGUAGCUGAUCUCUCGCGAGCUUCCCCAACCAACAAUGGCUUCCCUUGCAAAUCACAAGUCUCCUCUGAAGACUUCUUCUACUCCGGAUUGAACAAGCCAUUAAACACCUCGAACCCAAAAGGUGUAGCCGCUAAUUCAGCAAAUUUCAUGACGUUUCCAGGACUAUACACGAUGGGAAUAUCCAUGUACAAUGUUGCACUCGGUGUUGGAGGAGCUAAUCCGCCUCACUCGCACCCUGGUGCGACCGAGGCAGGGUUCGUGCUCGAAGGCUCGUGUUUGAUUGGGUUCUUGACGACUAACUACACGUUGUUCUCCAAGGUUGUUAGACCCGGUGAUAUGUUUGUGGUUCCUCCAGGACUCAUUCACUACGAAAUGAACGUUGGGAAAACGCAAACGCGUCUUUUGACAGUGGUUACUAAUGACUUUCCUAGCGAGGUCGUUCUGCCGCACACUCUGUUCCUUGCGAAACCCCCGAUUCAAAACGCGGUAUUGAUGAAGGCGUUCAAGACGGAUGGUAAAACAAUCAACAUGCUCAAGUCCAAGUUCACUAAUUAA